AUGCCUCCUUCCUCAUUAGCUCCCCACGAAAGACGAGAGCGAUGGAUGACAGCGAUAGCAGGCUCUUUCCACCAGGCGACGAUUUGGCGAGCUACACGAGACCAAAGAUUGGAGAUUGAGGAACUGGUAGUUGCGCUAUCACAUCGAAUUCCUACCUUUCUUGCGAAAAUCGAAGAUCUGCUGCAAGCGCACCGGACAAGGGUAUUCUGCCAUCAAGUCACAGAGGCACUUGAUGUAGUCCGGAAGGGAUAUCGUGCGGUCAUGAAAUGGCUCGAGCAGGGCAGUUGGACAAUAGCCGAAGAGCAGGAAAAGAAAGAGUUGCAUAUCAAGCACCUGAUCAUCUUCAACCACUACCGUAAGGUCUUUGGAGAGUGCUUCUCGAGGUUCAGAAAGUUAGCACGGUACUUUAAGGAAGUACUCAAGGCUGAGCCACGAAAAAGGGUGCGGAGGAGACGAUCAUGCUCUGAUUUGGAGGAUACACGUUCGGCAGGCACUGAGCAGAGGCUGGUGUAUGAGGUUAUGUUGAGGGAUGUGGCUAAAGUGCUGGAGAAGUCUCUGGUGGAUGGUCUGUCGAAGACACACGAACAAUACAACAGCAGUCAGCUUUUCUGUGAGUAUGUUGCGAACGUCCAAGACAGGAAUGAGAAGGAGGAAAAGCUGUGGAAGAGGGAAGGAAAGAGAUAUCCAUAUCCGGACUACAAACUGAAAGACCCAACCCAGAAGAAAGUUUCCUUUUGGUUUUGCAGCAGCAAAGUUCAGGAAGUACCGCCUUGGAGUGAGGACGAAGAGCUACAGAAGUGGUUUCCUUGA